AUGGUGUUCCCGGUGACUUGGUCGUGGAGCAGGAGUCUAGUAGCCUGGGCGGCUUUCGUUGUCCUCAUCGGCACGGUCGAAUGCGCCGGCAGUCACGCCACGCGGUUGCUCCUGACGGAGCCGCUAGCCGGUGGAGUCGCUCCGAUGAAUCUCACUGCGCCUGGCCUUCAGACCACUAGCGUCCAUGCGGUGAAUCCAGCGGCAAACGCGGCGGUAGAUCCGGAGGCGUCAGUUGCGGCAGAAGCUGCGGCAGAAAUGUUUGGUUUUCGCCUGAGAGAUGAGGAGGAGUGUUCGCCGAGUCUCGCCGGUUCUCGUGAGCGGGUCGCAAACGAAUCGUCAUGGAUUGAUGCAGCCGUCAGCGAAGGCGGGCUUGCAGAUGACGCUAACGGCUCCACCGGCAGCAGCGGAAGCAGUGACGGCAGCGGCGGCGGCGGCGGCGGAAGCAGCGAGGCGGAGGUGGCGCGGUGCGUGAGCGAGCGAAUGAUGGCUUUAAUCGCUGAGGGACGCGGUCAGCUGGAAGGCGAGCGGCUUGAAGAGGCCGUUGCGACGUACGACGAGGCGGAGCGGCUUUUGCGGCGGCUGCACCAGCGGCUGUUUCACGGGCGCGGUGUGGCCAAGUCGCUGCUACGGCUGCACGAGCCGGCUGUAGCGGACUUCGAGCAGGCAGUGAGCGCCAAUCCCAACAAUGCAGAGCUGUGGAUGGAGGUGGGGGCGGAGCGCGAGACGCUGGGGCAUCACGAGAGGGCGUGCGAGGCGUUCAGUCGCGCCCUGGAGCUGCUGCCGGGUGAUGUGGAGGCGCUCAAACGCCGAGACUCCCUCAAAGACCUUCUGCCCCCAUUUCCCCCUUCCCUUCCCCCCCCCAACUUCCCCCUUCCCCUUUCACCCCCUCUCCUCCCCUCCCCUCUCUCCCUUUUCCCCCCUUGUGCAGGGCUGAGCGCGGUCAACCUGUAUCGCUUCAAGGACGCCCUGAAAGACCUGCUGCUUGUGUUGCACAUGCUGCCGAACGACGCCGACCUCAGCCGAGCCGUGGUGACACCAUUGUUCUGCUACCCCCAACUGCUUCUCCCAGCCGCCCUCCCUAUUGCCUCUCCACUACACCCAUGCCUCUUUCCCCUCCUCCCCUCCCCCCAUACCCCACUUCUUCCUCCUCCGCACUCCCCCACUCUUCCCCCUGUUUCCCCACUUUUCCCCCCUUUCGCCCCUUUCCCGUUUCCACACCAGGGAAUUGCAUUUGUGCGCUCGAACCAGUUCCGCCCAGCACAGCCGUACCUGGCGAGGGCGACUUAUCCAGACGUCUCAACCCCCCCCCUCCCGGCCCCCUGUCCACCCCCCCAGGGCAUUGCAUGCAUACGGUCGAACCAGUUCCAACCCGCACAGCCGUACCUGGCUCGAGCGGUGGAGCUGCUGCCAGGGGAUGCGGACCUGUGCAAGGAGAAGGGGCGCCUGCACCGCCUGCUGCGCCUGUUGGGGGAGACGGACCAGGCUGAGGUGUACAAGAAUAUUAAUGCUACGUCAGUCCAUGUGCUUCACUUCCUUCCCUCCCUCUACUUUCACUCGCUCAUUCUGGCUUACUCACUCCACGUCCCUGGCAGGAUACUAGAGACGCAUCAUAACCUGGUUCUGCAGAAGCGGCUGCUGGGAGACCAUUGGGGGGUGACUCCCAUGGCACAUGCGGGGCUCAAGGCGUUCCCAGGCGAUCUGGAGAUCAUGCACGCCAAGGCGUCCAGCCUGCACGUGCUCGGGGAACAUGCUGCUGCCAUGCGGCUCUACGACAAGAUGCUCUCGUCGCCCGGCCACCCCAACAAGCAGACGUCCUACCGCCACAGGACCUUCUUCCAGCGGCACCUGCUGGCCUACACGGUGGCGCGCCUUGACCAGCCCUUCUCUGCCUUCUGCAUUGAUGAUGACCUUGAUGAGGAGUGGUGGAGCAAGGGGGCCACGGGGGGACGGCCAGAGGAUGUGCCGGGCUUCGUCCUGCUGGCGAUCCCCGAGGACCAGUUGCAAGCUGCCACGUGGCAGCACCUGCCACGCCUGUCACGGACGGCAGUACAGCUGGUGGAAGCGGCGGACGUUAUUGGUGCUCGCACGCACUAUGAUACUGAUGGCAUGCUGCAUAACACCCAGCAGGUGAGUAUGGAAGAAUGGCAUGAUGUGAUGGCAUGA